AUGAUGAGGGCGCUGGGCUAUCCCCGGCUGAUCUCGAUGGAGAAUUUUCGGACUCCAAAUUUCAUGCUGGUUUCAGAAAUACUCCUUUGGCUGGUAAAAAGAUACGAGCCUCAGACUGAUAUCCCUUCCGAUGUUGAAACAGAGCAGGACCGGGUUUUUUUCAUUAAGGCUGUUGCUCAGUUUAUGGCCACCAAAGCUCACAUAAAACUCAACACCAAGAAGCUUUACCAAGCCGACGGCUAUGCCGUGAAGGAGCUGCUGAAGAUCACCACGGUGCUUUACAACGCCAUGAAGAGCAAAGGGAUGGAAACCACAGCUGUGGGUGAAGAAGACGUUGGAAAAUUCAAAUUUGAUCUGGGUUCCAGGAUCAGCGAUUUGAAGACAGCCAGGCAGCUUGCUUCAGAAAUCACUUCGAAAGGAGCGUCUCUGUAUGACUUGUUGGGCAAAGAAGUAGUGCUGAGGGAGCUGAGAACAGAAGCAAUUGGAAGGCCCCUCGAGAUCAACGAGACUGAAAAAGUGAUGCGCGUUGCCAUCAAGGAUAUUUUGGAGCAAGUCCAGAAGACCAACGACAUGCUGAGCAACGUGGCUUCUGAUGAAGCCAGUUUGGAGGCCAAGAUCGAAAAGAGGAAAUCCGAGCUAGAGAGAAACCACAAGCGGCUGCAAACCCUGCAGAGUGUUCGCCCUGCCUUUAUGGAUGAAUAUGAGAAAAUUGAGGAGGAGUUGCAGAAACAAUAUAGCUAUUACGUGGAGAAAUUUCGUAACUUGACGUACCUGGAACAGCAGCUGGAUGACCAACAUCGCAUGGAGCAAGAGAGAUUUGAGGAAGCAGAAAACACUCUGCGGCUGAUGCAGAAUAAGCUGAAGGAGGAAGAGAAACGUCUUCUGAAGAGUGGAAGUCAUGACGACUCGGACAUGGAGAUUCACGAGGAUGAGGGAUCGGAUAGCGACAUGGACGACCGGCAGCUGAUCAAGCAACACACAGCCAUGGAGAUGCUCAUGCAAGGGCGGCCCAGCAAAAGGAUUGUUGGAACCAUGCAUGGAGGAGACACAGAGGAUGAGGAGGACUCAGAGGAAAGUGAAAUUGAUCUGGAUGAUGACGAUGACGACGAAGAUGAUGAUUUGGAAGAUGACAGCAUGGACAUCUCCCCCACCAAGGCCAACCGGAGGGUCAGGAAGCCGGAACCAUUAGAGGAGAGCGAUAAUGAUUUCUGAGGAACCUCAACAGGGACACCAAAUGCCAACUUGCCCAUGGCUAUGCUAUGACGAGGCCAUAUUGAGACAGUAUAAGCUGUCCAAGAGAGUCAUGAUAGAUGUAUUUUAGGCCUCAAAGCUAUUAUUGCUUCAUGAAUUUUACAAGCUUUAAAAAUUGAGGACACAAAAAUUACACUUAACACCAGAAGCCCUGGCAGUCCUAUCAUGCUGAUGGUCAAAGAACCCCAUCAUCUUCAAGUUAGCAGUCUGGGAAAAGAAACCUUGGUCAGUGCUAAGAUAUGAUUCUCAGCUAUUUCAAAGAGAAGUUUAGGGUGAAUUAACAGCCUGAGUUUGGGUCUACUUUACAGAUUGCAGUUGAAGAAGCCAACUCUCUGUAACAGAUGAAAAAUAACUUUUUUUUUUUGUCAAAGAUCAAGACAAAAUUGUCACUUGAGCAAAGUGGAGAAAAUCCCCCACAAGGAGAGGCUGAUGGCCUCCCAUUUGUCCUUGAAGCUAUUGGUACAGCCAAUUCCAAGUUGGCCUAUUGAGGAGAAACUCUCACCUGAGGAAAAAAUAGCUCUAGGAAAAAUAGAGCUUAUUUUCACCAAAUUAAUCAUAUAUACAACUCUUAAUGCAAUCCCUGGUCCUUCUGUAGAAGCAUCUCUUUUCAGAUUCAUUGAAGUCUUUGAUAGACCAUUUUGCUCAAGCCGACACGUAUUGUUCUGUACCGAUCAGCUCGGUUCUCAGCUAUAGGCCAAUAAAUAACACUUUUGUUUUCCUUUUGAUUUUGACCGUAACAUUCCUGCAUUUUGCAAGUAAAUUGCUCCUCGCCUCCUCUCCCUUUCCUUUGCUCUUGUAUCUUUGUCCCCAGUUAAGAAAUUCAAGAAACGUUAUUCCAAAAU